AUGAGCAGCACACACGACCCUCAGCCGCCCUGCCACAUCGACAGCCUCCCCGUCGAGCUCCUCGAGGAGAUCCUCCGCCCACACGCGCCUCCCCGCCUUACCUUCAUCGGCAACGAUCCGCCCAUCCAGGAGCCGCCCGUUCUCGCGGCUCACGCCGUCUCGAAGCGGUGGAGCGAGCUCGGCACGCCCCUGCAGUGGCGCGACCUCGACAUCUGCAUCGAGCCAGGCGCCGAGGGCCAAGUCGUCGACGUCGACGCGGCGUUCAUCGGCCGGCCAGGCGUCGCACAAGCCUGUCGCACGCUCUGGUUCACCAACAUGGCCAGCGCGAGGCAUGCGAUGGAGAUGGCGAGCUGUGCGGCGCUGCUCAUCAAGUCGGCGCGUACACUCGUCAACGUCGAGGAGCUGGUCCUCAACUAUUGCCCGCGAGUCGAUCUGCAGACCCUCUCCGCCUUCCACAACCUACGCCGCCUUCACGUCGUCGACACCGACCUCGAAACGUCCGCGUUUCCCACGCCUCUCCGGCGCCUCGAGUCGCUCAGCCUCGGCAAUUCGACAUUCUGGCCACCUUCAACGCUCGCACCGGAAACUCGUCUUCCUGCCUUGCGCCACCUGUCGAUCGACACGUGCGGGGUCGCAGGAGCGACAGCCGUCACGCCUCCCCUCUUCUGCGACGCCUUCCUCGGCCGUCUCGAGUACAUUCAGCUCGAGGCCAGCCGCAUCGAGGACGUCGGCGAGGUCAACAAGAUUGUCGAGCACCCGCCUCGAGACGACCUCGUCCUGCUGCGCGUUCGUUUCGGCGGAAGCUUCGACCCGCCCGCGACCGAGGCCCGCCACGUCCGCGUCGAGAUGUCACGCUUCCAGGUCGCAGACGAGUACCCGAGCGUCAAGGAUCUGCAGGACCUGCGCCGUAUUUUGGCGUCGCUCCCCAAGUUGCGGCUCGCGCUCGUGCCCGAUCGCCUGUGGCACCUCUCGCCGAGCGCGGACGACGCCGCCCGCCGCGAGCGCGCGCUCGUCGUCGCCGACGCGGCGAGUCACGGGUUCGACAUCCGGUCGUACGCGACGCUGUCGGUCCUGUGCGCGUUCGCGCCCGAGUUCUCGACCUGGCUGCGCGACGAGGCGGCGAGGAGGGCGGCGGACGCGUAG